GUCGAAUUCAAUUUCGGAAAGUCAGACUACUUGCCGACAACUUUCGUCCCGGGAACCAACGAAUGGUUACUCCUCAAGCGAACCGUUGAGGAAACUGGCUACCUUUUCGUGAAGAGGAAGGCAGAGGUGCGAACCCUAGACGAGUUUGAACAGUGGACUUCUCACUGUCUCGCGAGGUGGGAUCAACCAGCCACGAUUAUGCAACUCAAGCUAAUUACCGCCUUCCUGCGGUCCCAUUCGCCCAGACGAACUGGCACUGCCCCACCCUCCAGGGAUAGGGCCGCCGCCAGCCUACACGAAUUUCUGGCCCAGUCGCUCGCCAGCCAGGUCGUGAAACGCUUCGCCGAAAGAAUGAAUGACCUAAGCAGCGGUCUACGCACUUACUUCCUCGGACUUGGGACACCUGAUGCGUCGGUGUCCGCAUGCGUAACGGCCUUCCGAAUCUGGUUCUCCCUACCUACAGCAUCCGUUCUCCAUCCUUUCCUGCCCAAAGAGGAUGACGGACAAACCUCAAUGGCAGCAUUUCUGGCCGCAAUGCGGCCACUCAAACGGACUGUGGAGCCCGGCGCUUUCUAUUGGCUGCACAAAUUUCUCUACACGGGCCCCACCGACUCCAGCCUUCUGGCGCGAACUUGA